GGCUGCCUCACCACCGAGCGGCUCGGAGUCCCCGGGACCGUCCUUGGCCGCCUGAGCGCCCCCUCUGCUCUUGCUGUUCGUCCCCCUUGGAUGAGAGAGGCGUGGCAGGCCCAGGGGCAGAGCAGGUUCCUGCUGUCCUUCCUAAUUCAGAGCUAAUCAGAUUCCGACAGCCCGGGCUCGCUGGGUGAAUCUAAUAAAGGACAGGACAGCAUUUCUCUUCGGCACAUUUUCCUUGUUGGAAUCGGGCAAGGAUUAGACCCCAAGGACACAGAGAGGGAGGCGCACUCCCUGCCUUCAAGGAGCUCACAGGGUGGCUAGCAGAGAGGCCGGGAGCACAGGAAGCAGGACACCAACAAGGCUGCCGCCUCAGCAUGGAGAGCCGUGCCAGCCCCCGCCCUGGAGGGCUGUCCUACUGUGUGGCUUUCUCCCAGCUGCUGGGCCUCACUGUGGUGGCGGUGACCGGCGCCUGGCUGGGUCUGUACCGGGGAGGCAUCGCCUGGGAGAGCGCCCUGCAGUUUAACGUGCACCCACUCUGCAUGGUCAUAGGCCUGAUCUUCCUGCAGGGAGACGCCCUGCUGGUUUACCGCGUCUUCAGGAAUGAGGCCAAACGCACAACCAAAAUCCUGCACGGGCUGCUGCACGGCUUUGCCUUCAUCAUCGCCCUGGUGGGCCUGGUGGCAGUGUUCGACUACCACCGGAAAAAGGGCUAUGCUGACCUGUACAGCUUGCACAGCUGGUGCGGCAUCCUUGCCUUUGUUCUCUAUGUUUUGCAGUGGCUGGUGGGCUUCAGCUUCUUCCUGUUCCCUGGAGCCUCGUUUUCUCUGCGGAGCCGCUAUCGCCCACUGCACAUCUUCUUUGGCGCCUCCAUCUUCCUCCUGUCUGUGGGCACAGCCCUGCUGGGCCUGAAGGAGGCGCUGCUGUUUAAACUCGGCUUCAUGCUGCCUUGGAGAAAGGGGGUAGUCUCCUCUACUGCUCCGAUUUCUGAUACUCAGUGCCUCCAGCGAGGCCACUUCUCAGCAGGUGGCUGUGGUCCAGCGCCUCCCCCGCGUGGGCUCCACCCAGCCCCUCCCGCCUCCCCUGCAGCUCGCCUGGAUGAGGGUGUUGGCUCGUUCAGACUGUGCACUCAGUGGGGGCCCAGGCCUCAUCAAUUCUUUCAUCACCUGGCACUCGCUUGUGUAGUCAAUGUUUACAUGUGAGAAACUCCACCUUAGACAAACUACCAAAGGAAACGGUAUCUCCCCUGCCGAAUGCCUCAUAGAGAAACGGAGCCUUGGAUUUGCAAGGAAAAUCUGUAAACCAGUCUGUUUGCCAAAGUGUAUGCUGGAUGACGAAGGAGCAAAAAGCCCCCAAAAGCUGACCCGAGUAGUUUAUUGUAUUUGCCUGUGGCCGGUCUUUUGUGAAAUAUAACGUCGUGUCGAUGCAACAGGAGAUUUAAUAAAUGUCUACAGCAGA